UUAUAGCGGGCGUUUCUCGUUGAACAGUGUUAACAAACUUGAGCUGUAAUCGGCAAUCGGAGAUUUUGUCAAUCGUCCAAGAUGGUUGAUUUGGUAACGGUUGCAAACAACUUGUUUAGUAAUGUAACCGAUAGUGACAGCAUCAACCACUCUAAUCUUUACGAUUUUGGCGAAACCGACGGAACUUUUAUAAUGAUUUGUGCUUUUCUGUUGGUGACUUUGCAGACUGGGUUUGCAUUGCUCGAGUCUGGAUGUGUCAGUGAAAAAAAUGAAAUCGACAUGAUGUUGCGAAACGUCGUCGACAUUGUGCUUGGCGGUAUUUCAUUUUGGUUAUUCGGAUAUGCCUUUAUGAUGGGGAGAAGUGAAUACAGCAGUCCGUUCAUUGGAUUUGGAGAUUUCGUCCCCGAUCCGUCAAUAUCAGAUCCUCUGAUGGGUCAGAUCAUGGCGAUCUAUCUCUUCCAGAUGACCUUUUCUGCUUCUGCUACAACUAUUGUUGGUGGAGCCGUCGCUGAAAGGUGCAACUUCAAAGCGUAUUGUCUUUUUUCUUUCCUCAAUACCAUAGUAUAUUGCAUACCAGCUGGAUGGGUUUGGGGUGAACAUGGUUUCCUUAAUAAACUUGGUGUAGUCGAUAUUGCGGGAAGCGGACCAGUUCAUCUCGUUGGAGGAGCUUCCGCGUUUGCGUCAGCUAUAAUGCUUGGUCCUCGGCUCGGGCGCUAUGCCAAGGGUAUAGAGCCUUUACCGCUGGGGAAUCCAGUCAACGCUUGCAUGGGGCUGUUCGUUUUGUGGUGGGGCUGGUUGGCGUUCAACUCAGGUAGCACUUAUGGAGUGAGUGGAGCAAAAUGGGUAUAUGCGGCACGGGCUGCUGUAAUGACCAUGAUGGGAUCAUUUGGCGGUGGAUUUUUCAGCAUUAUAUAUUCAAUGCUUCGUAACGAAGGACGGCUAGAUAUUGUUGAUCUUAUCAACGGAAUACUGGCAUCAUUAGUAUCGGUGACUGCCGGUUGCUUCUUAUAUCACGCAUGGGAAUCUAUCAUUAUAGGAGCGGUGGGUUCAGCCUUGUGUUGCGUUAGUAUGCCUAUUUUUGACAAAAUGGGCGUCGAUGAUCCAGUCGGUGCUAGUGCCGUUCAUGGAGUUGCUGGAAUUUGGGGUAGUAUAUUCUUUUUAUACAUAAUAUUCAGUUGGAUCGGCAGUUUCCUUGCAGGUGUUUUGGCAGUUGGUUUAUUCGCCGACAAUCCAAUACCGCUGACUACUACAAAAGGCAGAUUGGGACUGUUUAAGGGUGGUGGUUGGUACCUACUUGGUGUUCAGUCACUUUCCGCCCUAUGCCUGGGUUGUUGGUCAAUAUGUACAACGCUUGCACUUUUGUGGAUCAUCAACAAAAUAGUGCCAAUCAGGAUGGACCCGAACGAUGAGCUAUUAGGUGCCGAUCUCAUGGAACACCGAAUAAGACAUUCACAAAUUGGAAUCUCGAGAGCUCUAUCAGCGCUAGCACCUCUGAAGGUUGAUUUGGAUGAUGUCAUAAACGCUCCAGCUAUCGGAAGAAACCCUGGCCAUGAUCAGUGUGUGAAUGAAAUUCGUGCCGCCAGCCAAAAGCUUUACGAAUGGCGAGCAUUCAUGGACAAAAUGUCCCCCCAGAAGAUUUUAAAAGAAAACAGUACUUCCCACAACGUGGCUUCAAAUAAAGAUUCGUUUAAACUUCGUAAACUGCAGCGAAAAAAUAAUCCGUCAUACGCUGAUAAUUACGGAUAUGACGGAAAAUUUACCAACAAUGUCGCUGGUGGCAAUAAGCCAUUUGUAAUCACUGGAACGAGUGAGAAUAGUACGCAUCAAGAGAGAAACGACCAAAACUUCGCAUGGAUUGACUAAAUAAAUAUAGAUUUAAUAUUUAGAUUAUAAGAGAAACUGUGGGUAACCCAUACAUAUGGUUUAUAUUAGCAUGCAACUAUUGUUUUUAAAAUUUAUUUUUAUAAGUAUAGCAUAUAACUGUUUAUUUAUAAUUUUAGACUCACUAGUUAGCUCUUAAAAAUUAUCAAGUAUCAAAAAUAAAGAAAAAUUGAAAUUAGAAAGUAAAGCUUCGUUCAGACAUAGGACAAUGUAGGCCGGUAGGUAUUUAGCCCGAUUUACAUAUAAUGAAUCAAUUAUUGAAAUUUUGUUUAGUGAAAUUCGAAACACUGUCGCUCCCCACCAUUCUAAAGUGUUGUUCUGCCGGAUCCGGGAUCUUUUAAGCAAGUUGUAUCUACCUCUGUAGCAUGUCAUUUGCAUCAGUUGCUGCUCCUUGAUUAUUCUAAAAUUUCUGUUUCAAAUUUGAGAUUAGCUACCCUAAAAACAUUAAAAAUACGUGGUUCUAUGACAAAAUUCUCGUAAAAUGUAUUUAUGGUCGCUUUUCUUUUAGGGUGGAAGCACUGUUUGUUGGGGUAAAACUGACAUGCUGUUUAAUUGGCUGUACAUACACUAGGCAUAAAAUUGUCCGUCCAAGCAGAUGUUAGCAAAAUGCAUAAAUUUCGAAUGGGUAUGCAUUCAAAGGUCUUCUUUAUUUGUUCUUUUGACCUCCGUCGACUAAACAAACACUGCAUAUUUAAUAAACUUCA